AUGAACGUCAGACUGACCCUCGAGUACGACGGCACGGACUACCGUGGAUGGCAGAUUCAGCCCGGCGGACCGACGAUCCAGGGCAUCCUGGAGGACGCCCUGGCCGUGCUGCUGAAGCAGAGGGUGCGGGUCCAGGGGUCUGGACGGACCGAUACCGGCGUUCAUGCGCGGGGCCAGGUGGCGAAUUUCGCGUGCCCCGACGGCCGGGACCUGACCCGAAUUCAGCGGGGCCUCAACGCCCUCACCCCGGACGACAUGACGAUAAGGGCGGUAGAGGCGGCGUCCCCAUCGUUCGAUGCCCGGAGAGAUGCGAGGAGGCGCGUCUCUACGAAUACCGCCUGUGGAACCACCCUUGGCGCCACCGGCUACCUCCGGCACAUGGUACGCAACAUCGUCGGCACGCUGGUGCAGAUAGGGCUCGGUGAGCGGGAUGCCGGCGGUCUCCCGGCAUUGAUCGACAGCCGCGACCGUACGCAGGCCGGCCCCACCGCGCCCCGCACGGGGCCUGUUCCUGGUGGAGGUGUGCUACGAAUAGGCAUCCGCGGUGAGUCAGUCCGCCGGAUGGCGUCCUUCGACUCCGCUUCGCGAAGCCUGUCCUGA